AUGUCUUCGAGUCGAUCUUUUGUGUGGUACCUCCGGACAACGGACCAACCCCAUUUAGAGUUCCAUAGGUUGAUGUUAUUCCUUCUCCCGAACCUCGUCGCCCGGCCCCGGGAUGUUCUGAGACUACCCGAGCUGGUCGUCAAUACAGUACCCUUUAAGCUUGCACCUCAAGAUGCAGUGGCUGUUGCGGAUAUGAUCCGUAAAUUCUUCUCUAUUAUACUCAGGCAGCGGAAUCCACCGGAGGUCACGUCAAACAUCGCCAAUGGUGACGGCCAAGCAAUCGCCAUGAUGGCAGCCACAAGGGCGCAGGAAGCAGCUGGAAACAUGUUGCAGCUUGGUGUCAGGCCAAACAGACUUCCCUCAAUCGACGAUAUGAACGCUCCCUUUGCAGAGUUCAUGAGGAUGCUUGAGGACCCCAGUAAUUCAGCUGAGACUGCUGAGAAGAUGCGAGAUACGAUGCGCGAGAUCAUCGACAGGUUCCGCAUCCGGUCAAACUGGGGAAGAAACACCUCUGAUCCAGCUGGUCCAGCCGGCUCGAGGAGCGAAAUCAUAUCCAACAUUAAGCUGGAGCUAUUGGUAUUUACCCAAGACGAUCACAAGUUCAAGGCCAAAGUGGACAAUGCCACUUUGGACCAGCUGUGCUCGGAGCGGGUGGGAAAGACAUCGGAGCUGCUCGAAACUAUACAGAAUACGCUCACCGAGGAUGGGAAGCCACCAAAGGUGCUGGUGUUUUCACGAUUCCAGAAGUUCCUCCACAUCCUGCACCGCGCGGCAAUGGCCAAACGUCAACUUGCUCCCCUGCUAUUCAGCGACGAGCUGAACCGAGUCGAACGUCGCGAGAUGAUACACGAGUUCUCCCGGCGUGACGGGAAACACAAUAACAUCAUAUUGAUUACCCAGCAAGCUACUACUAUUGGACUAUUGGUGCGAGUCUGGACAUGA